ACGAGGGUGUUGGUUGCAAGUCGAUAAACCACGGGAAACGCGAGCACCCUUGCGCACGGUUUCAACAUGGCCGACGACGAGGAUUCGAUAUGCGACUCAAGGAGGCCAUCGUCUCGUUACCUUUACAUCCUGGAGGACUGAACAAUAAUCAGCUUCAUAGAAACAACGAGAAUCAAUCAACAACGGAGGAAAUUAACAAUCAAAACGAUUCAUCAACAUCAACAGAUUUUGGAUUAGAAGAAACUGUUGAAUUUCACGUUGCCGAGGAUACUACCAUAUGGUCUUCCCUUGCUAUUGCACGUGACGAUAUUCAAUUAAUAACAUCCAACAACGGACGUAACAAUAUUAAUAAUAAUUUAACUAAUUCGAGAAUACGUCGUAACAGUUCCAUCGAUAGUCUUGCCGAUUACGAAGGACGUAACUCAUCUUCACGAGAGGAUUCCUCAUCCCACGAGUUGACACCAUCCGAGUGGUCAGAUCUUUCCGAGGAAGGAAACCUACCAUCAUCUGGUUGUUGUGGUAUAUAUAAUUAUCCAGGAUUUCAACAUCUAGCACCUUCUUUAUUAUCAGACACCGAUCUUACCGAAGACGAACACGACAGUUGUCCGGAUUAUAUACGUUUGAACGAUAUUGACGCUAGAUCAAGUGAAAACGGUAACGAAUAUAACAACAAUAUCGACGAAAGUAUAAAUCAUCUUUGCGGACAAAGAAACGAUCAUAAAACUUUCUACGAAAAACCGAAAUUUAAUAUACAGACUGUUACUUCUCUGUACGAGUCAGUGGUGCCACCCUCAGAAAAGUGUAUUAACUACGUUAAAAGCGUUGAGGUUUCGAGAUCGGAAGAGAAAACUCUUUCACCGGAGCCAGAGAUCAUUGAGACUGACAAUUUCUUGACAUUACAAUCCGAAGAUACGUUCGAUCAUCAUCAACAUCAUUCACCUGAAGAGAUACUUCAAACCGAACACGAGGGACAAGAAUUGAACGUUGAAUUGGAAGUAUUAAAAUUGUCAAUUGGUAAAAAGGAGACGCUGCAAUUUCCAGAAAUCGAGGAGAUCUUAGAUUCCGGAAAAACCAGCGAAAUAGGCGAGACGGAGGAUAACGUGGUGGAACAACAGCACAUCGACCUCAUACGCGAGGCAAAGGAAUUGCCUCGCAACGAACGCACCAAAAUAGGCAACCAAGCAACAACGACAACACCAACACCAACACCAACACCAACACCAAUACCAAUAGUAACAGAAACAACAUUAGUAUCGAACGGUUCACCAGUUGACUCGGAAACUACUAACACCGAUAGCGAUAAUUAUACGGAAGAACAAUCAUCAACUUAUACAAAACUUGAAGAAAUCGAUCUUCUUUCGAGUAUCGGCCGAGAUAUCGGUGUCGAUCUCGAAAAAUACGUUCAAUCGGUACCGGACGUGGUAGCUAUGGAGUCAAUUGACACCAUACGUUGUUCAUCGCGUGGUUCAUCACGGUCCGCAUCCGGUAAUCGCAACCUGUUCAAGGAUCCUCACUCAGAAGACACUAAUAAGUUACUAGAUCGUGAUCUUUCUGAUACGUCCAGUGCCGAUUCUAGAAAAAAAGAAAAAAUGGUAAGGAAUCAAGCGAAAAGAAGACAACAACAACAACAACAACAGCAACAACAGCAACCAGUUCGUUCGUCAAAUUCAAGACGGCCUGAUAAAAGAAGGGCCGAUACCGAGAACGGUCCAGGUGGAUUUGACGUGUUCAAUAUCGAAACGGCAAUGCCAAAAAUUGACAUGGAAGCGAUCGAAUCACAUUUAAUAGCAGCACGUGAAGAAGAACGACGGGUAUGAAUCUUCAAAUUUGCUUCAUGAAUGAGACACCGUCGGAUACAGAAUCGUCAUGCUCAGAAAGCGACGCCUUGCCUGGGUCCACACCAAUAUCUCGUGGAUCGAAACAACAAACAAAACAACAAGCACCCUCAAGACCACAAGUAUUAAGCCUACCACCAUUGAGACUAGACUCCGGGACAAAUUCAGCCCCUGUGGAUGAGGCUGAUUUCUUUGCACGCCAAGCAAAACUUCAAACCGAAGCACGAAUGGCACUUGCACAAGCCAAAGAAAUGGCACACAUGCAAAUGGAAGUUGAAAGGCAAAGGCUCAAACAAAGUCCCAUCACGGAAAUGGUCCGAUCCAGUUUGGAAAAAGUUGGUGUACAACUGGGUGAAGAUAGGCGACGAUUAUCUCGAGUUUUACUUACGGAACUAAAUGUUGCUCAGUUACAAGUAAUAGCCAAUGAUUUACACGCGAGAAUCGCUGCUUUGAACGAGGCUUUAGUUGAAGGACUCUUGAGAAGGGACGAUCUACAUAUGGAACAAGAUUCGAUGCUAGUCGAUGUUGAAGAUUUAACCCGAUACUUAGGUGCCAAGCAAGAAUCCAUGAAAAAGAAACAACAACAAACGGUUACGGUUAAUCGCAAUAAUCAACAACAACAGACCACGAUCAAUCAAUUAAAGAACACCAUCAAACCAAAACUUACGCACCGUAGUUUAGUUGCUCUCGUUAGGAAAUAAUCUUUUGCCACGAGACUGCGCAGUCUCGUCGGAAAUUAAUUAAAAAAAAAAAAAAACAAAAAUAAAACGAGCGGAAUUCAUUCAUCAGGGACGCAGAAGAAGAAAAAGAAGAAGUAGAAG